AAAAAGAAGAAAAUGGACCCCGAAAAGUAACUGAUGGAUUAACCAUUAGAAGAGGAGUCUGAUAUGGAUGAAGAUGAGAAGAGAGAGAAGGGAGAUUAUAAUUAACAACUGUAUGAUGGUUCAUUGAAUAGAUUAGUUUAAGUGCAUGUUAAAAAGGAGAUUUAACAGCAGUGUAACGUUGUUUGGAUAAGAAAGCAAAUGUAUUAUAGGAGGAUAAGAAAAAGUGGAAUCCUUUAAUGUGGGCAUCUUGUAGAGGGUAUACAGCGAUAGUGCGUGUUUUAUUAUCUCGUUAAGCAGCAGCACCAUAUGUUCCUGAGAUGGCAAUAAUAUUAUAGAAUUUUGCAUAGACAAUGCCAAUAUAUUAAAGUCCAUUAAAUUAAUCAUCUCCAAGCAAAUCAACAUAUUUAGGAGGAAGUCCUGGGAUUGGAGCAUAAUCAGCAGUGUUUAAUUUUCCUUAAUAAUAAUUAUCAAAGAAAGUAGUUUAAGGAGUAAUAAAUUAAUAAGUUCGUUCAACUCCAUUAAUGUGGGCAUGUUUUAAAGGACAUGUAGAGAUUGUAUGGUUAUUAUUAAAGGGAGGAUUAAGUUGGGAGGUAAAUUUAAUAUUUAUAGAAUAAUAAAUAGGAUGUUGAUCAAUUUGGGAAUAAUAGUGUACAUUUAGCAGCAUCAGGAGGCAAUUAGACCGUAUUUUAAACAUUGUUGUUUUAUGGAGUUGCAGUAGAUAGACCUAAUACUAGAGGACAUAGAGCUAAAGAUUUAGCAACAAAUGCUUAUAUAUUACAGUUGAUAAAAUUAUUAGAAAUAAGUGGUGAGACAUCUAAAUAUUAUUGUAUGACAUGUCGUAAGUUUUGUAAACAAGAUGAAUAUAGAAUGGAAUGGGUAUUUGAAAAUGCUGAAUCUACAGAUAUGGAGAAACCAGAAGGUAGAUGUUUGAAUUGUUGGAAUGUUAUUAAGAAACAUACUGAAGAAUUAUUAAAUGUAAUUGAUAGAUAAGAUCAUAAAUUAUUAACAGAGAAAUUGAAUGAAAUUGAAAAAGGAAUGAUUAUCAAAAAUGAAAAUGGAAAAGAUGAAUUAUAAAGAAUUGAAAUAGAUCCUAAGAAUUAUAAAUUUGCAUUAAUUGAAUAAGAGAAAUUAAGAACUUAAAAUGUAAUCUUAGAGUAUUUGAAUACUUUAAAACAUGUAUCAAAUUAUAAGACUAUUUUGAAAUCAGUAAAUUAGAUUUAAGCAAUGUUAGAUGAUGCUAUAAGUAGAGGAGUUGUGGUUGAUGCUCAUGUUAAAGAAGAAGCAGAAAAAGAAAUGGAUAGAUUAAAAGCAGAAGUAUAUAAAUUGUAUAAUAAAUAUAAUAGAGAAAUUUAUAAUUUGAAUUAGAUAAUUUAGAUAUUGGAUUAUCUACACCAGAAUAAGUGGUGGUAUUAAAUGAUAAAGUAGUUAUAGCAACAGAAAAAGGAGUUGAUAAAUAAUACAUAGGAUAAGCAUCAGAAUUAAGAGAUAAAAUGGCUAAAGCUAUUCAAGCUAAAAAAAUAUUGAAGAUGUUUAAUGAAUAUCCUGCUAGAGAAAUACCUGAUCCUAUUAAAUGGGAUCCUAAAACUAAAAAACCUAUUGAUCCUAUAACUGGAAAACCUAUAGACCCACUUAAAUUAGCAUUAUAAAAUUAAAAAAAAAAAAAAAAGAAGGAACCAAAAUUCGUGAUUCCUGAAUGGGCUAAUGAUGUAAAAUCUUUAGAUGAAAAUAUUAAAGGUAAUAUUUAUUGAAUAAUCAUUACAUAGGAUUGGAAGGUUUAUUAAAGGAAGCAGAAGUUCUUAAUUUAAAUCAUGAAUUUGUUGAAGAAAGUGUAUAAUAAAUAAAAAGAAUGAAAAAUGAAAUGAGAUAUAGAAAAGAAGUAGAUGAAUAAUUGAAAUGGAUUGCUGAUGCUAAAGCUGCAGAAAAAAAGAAGAAUAAAUGA